AUGACAUAUAAUAAAAACCUGGUUUAGUUUCAAUACUCUACAUGCAAUUUGUUGGUUCUCGUGGAAAGAAAGAAAUUUCAGAAUAUUUGAAGGAAGAGCUCAGACGAGUAAAGCAAUUAAUCUCAACAUCAUUACUGCAUGGUUCAGUGGCUACAAGCAACCUGGAAGAUUGAGGGAACCCAAGCUGAAGGGUUGUUUACUAAUUACUUUGCUCAUAUGGUUUUGGCUGAGUAGUUUUUCCCUCAUGUGUGUAUGUUUCAAUAGUUUUGUGUGGUUCUACUGGUCGAUGUUUUGACCUUUUGUUGGGGCUGUCUCUUGCCCUUUUCUUUGUUUAGUUUUCUCUUUGACCAAGGAUCCUUAUUCUCAUAAAUAAUGAAAAUAAGCUCUUUUCCUUGUGUCUUUUUUGAGUUUGUACAUUGACUCUUUGUGGUUCUUUAAUUUAAGUUCUUAUCGUCAUAAUCUAAGAAAUAUAACACAUGGCUCGUCCUUAUUUUCUUAGAUGGCUGGUAAGCUAAUUAAGCAACAAACUAAAUUGCUAAAUUCACAUGGUGUUGCUAAAAUCAUAUUUGCGAAGGAAGACCAUGUUCCAACACUAGAGCAGUAUAAGAUGGACGCAUGUGUCAUUACUCAUAAGUGGUUUCCCCAUCCCAUAUGCACAUCUGCUUUCGUAAUCAUUAAUCAUUCACCUUUGUGUCUAAUUGCAAUAGGUUCAAAUUACGACAAAUGGAGUUCUAAGUAAACUAAGUUCAUGGUCACGGAUAUAAUUGUAUAAAUUUUUUCAAACAUUACUAAUGAAGUGAACAUUCAUAUUUUUAGUUAUAAGUAUAUUGAAGAAUAUGCUACACAUUAAAAUACCUAUUUAACUUUUUUAUGUAAUUAACUUGACUAUUGAACAAAACGUAGUAGAAAGUUGAGUUUGAAUUCCAUUUUUGAUUUAUUCUAAUUAUCUCAAAUAUAUUGUGUGUUUAUAAUCAGAGAUAUUAUUAAUUAAUUUUUACUAAUUUAUUUUAUUCUUGUUUUCUUAUUUGCAAUACUUACGAAAAAUUUAGCCUCUUCUACUUUCAAAUCCUGACACCGCCCCUAUUUGUUGGAUAUUUCCUCCUUAAGACGUUGCGCUGGUUGUGUCAUCUGUAUUGGCCUCUUUCCCUUCUUUUCUUUGUAUCUUCUUUUCUUUUCUUUUCUUUACACCGUUGAUGUAUAUUUCUUUGGUAAUGAAUGUAGGAUCAUAUGAGGCUGGGCUUAGCUAGUAUUUUUGGGGUGCCUGUUGAAGGUUGAACAGGAGCAGCAGCUUUGAAGAAUCCGAAUCCUUUCUGGAGAAGGAUUACUUAAGGCGCCAAGUUUAAAGUUUGAAUGGAAUAAAGGAAAACGCCGCCGUUUCAGUUAGAACCAUAAGUGAGAGAGUGGGGGAUCGUGCAAGGUCAAGAUGAGACUGAAGCACAGGGGUUUAUAAUCUCGUUAUUGGUCAAUUAAUAAAGAUGUCAGAUUGCAUCAUAUUGAGUUAACAUUGUGGUAUCAGAGCUCAAGCAAGCUGUAACCAGAAAAGCUUUCAAGCAAAGAGUGUUCGAGUGCUUUCAAGCAAAGAGUGAUAGAGUUAGAAGUCUGUUUGAAUAGUACAGACUGGGGUUGGGAAACACGAGAGUUACGGUGAGGUAAUUCAAUUCAGGGUGAGUGCAAACUACUGUCAAGUAGUUGUGAAUCUGUCAAGAUGAGUGAUUCAGGGAGCUUUGCUCAAGUAGGUCUUCCUCGAUUUGAUGGAGAUUAUGAUCACUGGAGUCUUCUUAUGGAGAAUCUGCUGCGAUCGAAGGAAUAUUGGCCUGUGGUUCGUGAUGGUUUGGCAGAACAGAAGGAGGGAGAAGAACUAUCUGAAGUUGAGACCAAGUCAAGAGAUGAUCAGCUGCUGAAGGACUUGAAGGCAAAGAAUUAUCUCUUCAAUUCCAUUGACAAGUCCAUCCUCAGGACUAUCUCCAAUAAAGGUACUGCCAAGGAUCUAUGGGAUUCAAUGAAGCUAAAAUAUCAGGGCAAUGCUAGGGUCCAGAAAUCAAAUCUGCAGGCUUUAAGAAGAGAUUUUGAAAUCAUAGAGAUGAAAGAGGGGGAAUCUGUGAAUAGCUACUUUAGCAGAAUCAUGACCAUAGCCAAUGCCAUGAGAAACUGUGGAGAUGAGAUGCCUGAUGUGAAAAUUGUUGAAAAAGUGCUCAGGACUCUCACAGACAGGUUCAAUUAUGUGGUCUGUUCCAUUGAGGAGUCUAAGGACAUUGAGGAGCUCUCUGUAGAUGCUCUUCAAAGUUCUCUAGUUGUUCAUGAACAGAAAUUCAGGAAAAAGAGUUCUGCUGAUGAGGAUCAAGUGCUCAGAACCACACAUGAGUUUGGCAGUAGGGGAGGAAGAAGUCAGGGAGGAAGAAACUUCUUUCCAGGAAGAGGUAGAGGAAGAGGUGCUGGUAGAGGGUGGAAUAGAGAUGCUGUGGAAUGCUAUAAGUGUCACAAACUGGGACACUACAGGAAUGAGUGCCCAGAAUGGUACUCAAAUCAACAAGUCCAUUACUCCAGCACCAGUCAUACUCAGGACACCAAGGCUUAUGGAGAUAUGACAGAUGACAUGCUGUUGAUGGCCUUUGUGGAAGAAGAUUCACAGAAAGAAGCAGAUUCUGAUUGGUGGUUCCUUGACUCAGGAUGCUCCAAUCAUAUGACUGGAGAAAAGAGGUGGUUCACAGAGUUGGAUACUGAGUUCACUUGUAAUGUCAGGCUUGGCAAUGAUACAAGACUGAAUGUAGCUGGGAGAGGAAGUGUGAGGCUGGUAGUUAAUCAGCUUUCUGUGGUGGUCCAAGAGGUGUUCUAUGUGCCAGGACUCAAAACUAAUCUACUGAGUGUUGGCCAGUGGCAAGAAAGGGGCUUAUCUUUCUUGAUACAAGAAGGUCUCUGCAAAAUAUUUCAUAAAGACAAGGGACUCCUGCUACAAACUGAGAUGAAAACAAACAGAAUGUUUGUUCUCCACACCACAGUAAGCAAGGAAAAACAAGCUUCAGAUGUGCAGUGUCUUCAAACUGGGAGUGCCUCAAAGUCACAGUUAAACUUGUGGCACAGGAGGUUUGGGCAUAUCAGUCCCCUGAGUCUUCAGCAGUUACAGAAGAAGAGGCUGGUACAAGGAUUGCCACAACUACAAGGCAACACAGGAGUAUGCAGUACUUGCUUAACUGGAAAGCAGCACAGGAAUUCAUUCCCAAAGAAAAGCCAGUGGAGGGCAUCUCAGAAGCUGCAAUUAAUUCAUGCAGAUCUGUGUGGACCAAUCACACCAGCUUCAAACAGUGGCAAGAGGUAUAUCUUCACCCUAACUGAUGACUAUAGCAGGAAAUUGUGGGUGUACUUCCUAGCUGCUAAGUCAGAAGCCUUGAACUGGUUUAAGAAGUUUAAGGUCCAGGUUGAGAAGGAGAAUGGAUUAUGUAUCACAUGUCUCAGAACUGAUAGAGGAGGGGAAUUCAUGUUAACUGAAUUCAAAGAACUCUGUGAUGAAGCUGGUAUAAGAAGGCAAUUGACAGCUGCUCUUACUCCACAGCAAAAUGGAGUGGCUGAAAGAAAGAAUAGGACAGUGAUGAAUAUGGUGAGAUGUAUGCUUCAGGAUACUCAUGUACCUACUGUUUUCUGGGCUGAAGCAGUCACCUGGGCCACACAUGUACUCAACAGAAGUCCUACAAGUGCUAAUCAAGGAAAGACUGCACAGGAACUUUGGACUGGAAACUCACCCUCAGUUCAGCAUUUCAAGGUUUUUGGCUGUGUAGCCUAUGUACAUACUCCUGAUCAAAGAAGGAAAAAGCUGGACAGCAAGAGUUCCCAGUGUUAUUUUCUUGGAGUUUCAACUGAGUCUAAAGCCUAUAGACUGUUUGAUCCUGCUACUAAGAAGAUAGUAGUGAGCAGGGAUGUUGUGUUUGAUGAAACCAAGGGUUGGAUGGAAGGCUCAGAAGAAACAGGAAGUGCUAAGUUGGUUUGGGAAGGAAGUGAUGAGUUGUGGGAUUCCUCAGACACUGAGGAAGAGGUCACUGCAGAUACUGAAGCUGCAGUUAUUGAAGAACCGGAGAGUCCAAAAACUCCAACAGCUGAGGAACCUGAAAAUGAAUCUGAUGACAAUGGCUCUGGACCUGGUACUGAUGUGUUGGGAUUGCCUCCCAGGUCCAGGCAUCCACCUUCUCACCUAUCCAUCUAUGACUGUAGUUUUGCAGACACUGACUGGAGGUUGAUGAUGGCUAUCACUGAUGAUCCCCAGACUUUCGAGGAAGCAUAUAAAGAUCCAAGAUGGAGGAAAGCAAUGGAUCUGGAGUUUGAGUCAAUUGAAAGAAAUCAAACCUGGGAGCUAGUUGAUUUGCCAGAAGGAGCAGUAGCCAUUGGAUGCAAGUGGGUCUACAAAACAAAACUGAAGGAGGAUGCUUCUCUGGACAAAAGAAAGGCCAGAUUAGUAGCCAAGGGAUUUGCUCAGAAGGCUGGGAUUGAUUAUACAGAGGUGUUUGCUCCUGUAGCCAGGUGGGACACAAUUAGAACCAUACUGUCAUUGGCUGCUUAUCAUGGUAUGACAGUUUACCAGUUAGAUGUCAAAUCAGCUUUUCUUCAUGGAGAGCUUACAGAGGAUGUUUACCUGGAGCAACCUCAAGGUUUUGAGGUUGCUGGGGAGGAGCAUAAGGUCUAUAAGCUCAAAAAGGCCUUGUAUGGGCUGAAGCAGGCUCCCAGAGCAUGGUAUAGCAGAAUUGAAGGGUAUCUGCAGAAGACUGGUUUUGAGAGGUGUCCACAUGAACAUACACUGUUCAUCAAGAAGAAAGAUUCAGGUAUUCUCAUUGUAUCAAUAUAUGUGGAUGAUGUGCUGUAUACAAGCAAUUGUGAAGAAAUGAUUGCUGGAUUCAAGAAGGCCAUGGAAUCUGAAUUUGAGAUGACAGAUUUGGGAAAGAUGAGAUAUUUCCUGGGCAUUGAGGUGGUGCAAUCAGAAAGAGGAAUCUUUAUUUCUCAACAGAAGUACAUCAAAGAAGUUCUGGAAAGAUUCAAGCUAGCUGAUUGCAACUUUGUCAGCAAUCCAAUUGCACCUGGCAUUAAGCUAUCCAAAGCUGGAGAUGGAGUUUCAGUCAAUCCCACAGAGCACAAACAACUAAUUGGAAGUUUACUCUAUGUUACUGCAACUAGACCUGAGGUAAUGUACUCUGUCUGUCUCCUAAGUAGGUUCAUGGAAUCUCCUACUAGGCAGCAUCAACUGGCUGCUAAGAGGGUACUGCGUUACCUAAAAGGAACUACAAAGUCUGGGAUCUGGUACAAAAGAUUGGAAGGAGAAAACAGGUUGCUGGGGUACACUGAUAGUGACUAUGCUGGGGAUGUUGAUGACAGAAGAAGUACCAGUGGUUAUGUGUUCUUCCUUGCUGGUGGAGCAAUCUCCUGGGCUUCCAAAAAGCAACCAGUAGUCACACUCUCUACCAAAGAAGCUGAGUUCAUUGCUGCAACAUACUGUGUUGCUCACUGUGUGUGGCUGAAGAGGAUUCUGGAAAGCUUGGGAUGGAAUUCAAGUGCAGAAGGUUGUACAACCAUUCUUUAUGACAACAGCUCUGCAAUUAAGUUGUCCAAGAAUCCAGUGCUGCAUGGGAGAAGCAAGCACAUUGAUGUCAGGUACCACUUCAUCAGAGAUCUAGCUAAGGAAGGGGUUAUUGAACUGGAGCAUUGCAACACUUAUGAACAGGUGGCUGACAUCAUGACCAAGCCACUAAAGCUGGAGAGUUUUCAGCUUCUAAGAAGUAAGUUAGGAGUGUGUGAUCUUGGAGAAUUCAUGGGAGAAGAAGUGAACUGAAGCUUGGUUCCAAACCAGCUUCAGUUAAGGGGAGGAUUAUGUUGAAGGUUGAACAGGAGCAGCAGCUUUGAAGAAUCCGAAUCCUUUCUGGAGAAGGAUUACUUAAGGCGCCAAGUUUAAAGUUUGAAUGGAAUAAAGGAAAACGCCGCCGUUUUAGUUAGAACCAUAAGUCAGAGAGUGGGGGAUCGUGCAAGGUCAAGAUGAGACUGAAGCACAGGGGUUUAUAAUCUCGUUAUUGGUCAAUUAAUAAAGAUGUCAGAUUGCA